CACACACUCACGCCCCGGAGCCGCUGCGUGCCGCGGCGACCCUCCGUCCAGCGGCCCCGCGGUUCCAGCGCGGAGCUCGGACCGCGGCGAGAGAGCGUCGUGAGCGGAGUUUGGAUCAGCUGCAGGAGGAAGGUGGUGUCCUGUCAGAAGCACACACUCCAUCUGACACAAGGCUGACAGCAUGAGACGGAAGGGGUGAGAGAGAGUACAAGAUCGAGGGUGCUCGGGACACGCAUUCAAAGAGAGAAAGAGGCAGUCUGAGGUCGUUCUCCUGCUUUUCUGCAGCUGUGUUGGAGUCAGCAAAUCGUCUUCGGCUUUGCAAGGAAAAACGGACUCUGGGUUUGUUUCUACGUCUCAUUGCUCAGCGAAUGGGUCCAGCAGAUGUAAAGGCUUCGCUGGCCUUGGAUUGGGCCCCUGGGGCUGUUUGUGGAAGUAUUCAUGAUACCCCUGCUGGAUCUUCCGCUGUCACUCUCCUCCAUGGCUGUCAUUAGUGGCUAAUGAGCUGCUGCUGGAAAGGAAGGGCAGAAAGUGCCUGUGGAGAGAGACGGAACCCUACAGCUGUUAUUAAGAGGCCCAGAGAUCUUGGACAAGAGAUCCUUUUCCUCUUCAAGAAAGUAUACACCGUUAUAGCUUUUAAAGCAUGAAAAAAUAUCAUCAUUGGAAUGUGUUUUUGUUUUCGUCUCUUUUCAGGUGUCUCAUAGUUUCUUGUAUUUGUUCCAGCACUGUAUGUCUGUGAAAAAUGUUACCAGACAGACCAGAGACAAAUUAUUUCAGCAAGAUGAUUCAGUAUUUUAACAGAAACUCUUGUACUCUCCCAGCUGAAGAAGUUUGAAAGAAAAACAAGUACUGUUAUCUAGUAUGAAGUUCUGUUAAGUCUGUUUUGUUGUUGUUUUCAUUUUGGAUAUCAACUUAACCUGCCUAUGCCCUGAAGAACACUGGUCACCAUGGCAGCAGCCUAUCGUGUUGUUGUUAGCAGCGUUAGCUGCUACAACAGUGUUGUGGUGGACCGACGCACUCACUCCCAUGCAGUGCACUACUGCUCGGGACCAUGUGGGGCGCUGUCCCAAGGCCUGGACUGCACUGUUGCGCACCGUGGGACAUGCUCCGAGCUCCUUGUUGCCCCUGACCCUGCAUACAAUGACUACAACGGCUCACCCAUACACUCCCAUAACAUGAUCACCCAGCAACUCCCUUACCACAGUAAAUUCAGUGUUUCCGUGGAUACCCCUCAUAAUGGUGGUCUGGAGAGGGCGAGCAGCAGCGGCAAUUUGUCUUUAGGGGAGGACAGCCCCACAUGGCGUGGUAAAAAGACCCCCAUUAUUGGGGGAACCACUGGGAACUUGAACUCCUCAAGCAGCCUGAAGGACAUUACUGAGGAGGCAAUCAACCUGGCCAGCGGUAAGCUGAAAGAAUUUUCCUUUGACAAGCUCCGCCUCUCCUCGUCUAGCCAUGUCACCCUUCGAAAAGGUCGCAAGGUCCGUCCUGACUCUUUUAGCCGUCGCUCCACUGACCUGGAGAUCAUCUAUGGCCACUUUAGCUCCAACCUGACGACAAGUACAACAACUACUACCAUGACAAAUGGCAUGACUCCUUCAAAUGAUGAGAACAUGCCACCAUUUGUGCUCAGCAAAGGAAUGGGAUUGGAGGAGACAAAGUUAAAGGCCAGCUCAGCCACAUUGUCAGCCAUAUCCAAGGCUGGGAGUGGCUCAACAAACAGUGUCUCCAGUAUUGGAUCAUUGGACCAGAGUCUGAACACUGUGGCCUCCCUGUAUCGCAGCACCCUUGGAGAGGAGAAUCUAAUUGCCCGUCUUUUGGAGAAGACGCGAUUAGAGGCUGCCAGUGGAGCAGGUGGAGAGGACAUUCGUGCCUGCCUUGACAUCCUGCUUAAAUGCUCUGAAGACCUGAAAAAAUGCACUGACAUCAUCAAGACGUGCAUCAGGACCAAAGCUGGUGGUGGGCCAGAGGAAGGUGGAGUAAGUCCUGAUAGUGUUUAUCGGGCAGUGAUGACCCGACUUAGCAGCUACUUGAAGAGGCUGCCUCUGGAGCUGGAAGGAAUUGGAAAUUUGGGGGGGAGUGGACAGGGAGGUCAGGGUGCAUCUGGAAGCGGACACAGUGAUCUGGCUGAGCUGGUAAACACUCUUCACUCCAUCCAACAGGGACCUUACUCUCCAAUAUUUGGCAAUGAGCAACCUCCCCGCUAUGAAGAUGUGGUGCAGUCACCUCCAAUGCCAAAGACUGUUCCACACUCUGUGUCCUCUACUCCCUCAUCCGUUUCAUCUGCUUCCACAUCAGAUUCCAUCCAUAAAAAAUCUGUCCAAAACUCAGUCGAACCAAAGUCUACUCCACUUACUAAUGGACUACAGCAUCCACAUCCCUCCUCAGUCACACGCAACACUCUGUCUCCCCCAUCUAUCACAAGCUCUCCUUGUAGUUCCUCUCCAACUCACUCCCCUCUUCGUUGCCCAACCCCCCCGUACACACAUACUCCUCAAACAUCUCCAAUGGAAGCUCUUUUUAUUGAGGAAGAGGAAGCAGAUAUUGGAAAGACUCUUGAACAUAUUGCCCAGCAGGUACACCUUCCAACGAGAGGAGUGAACAGUACCCAAAACCAAAAUGGGACUAUGCUAGGACAACACAUGCAAAAGACCCAGCCUCACACCUUCUAUAACCCUUCAAAUAAUUUACCAGCCAGCUCUGGUUACAUCCCCACUUGGUCUCCUGCUGCUUCACUGACACUCUCAACACCCAAAGUGUCUUCACACAGGAAUGAUGAUAUUGACAAGCUACUGAUGGACUUGGAGAAUUUGUCUCAGAGUAUGAGCCAUCCCAGAAACACAGAGCCUCCACUUCCAGCAAAGACCAGAAAGAGAGACGGAGCUCAAGGGAUCACCUCCAAGGAGUCUUUUACUCAACCCAAAAUGGCCCAAAUUCAAGUCCAGAAACCAUCUAGUCAACAAACCAUGAAUGGCCUUAGCUCCAGAAUGCCACAGAGUCUCACUCCUCCUCAAGGACAAAGCAGUGAAGCUGUAAUUGGAGAGGAGGAGGAUGGGGCACUGUUGUUAAGAAUUCUUGAGAGCAUUGAGAGUUUUGCCCAAGAGCUGGUGGAUUCUGGCGCAGGGAGUACAGGGAGUGCUGAGAGAAAGUGUGGAAAAGAGCGGGAAGUGAUGCGACUCCUGCAGGACACACUGGCGACCGGUAGAGCUGAUACGCCCGUUGAAAGCACAACUCCACCACCUAUUGCCGCCUCUCCAUCCAUCCAAACCGUACCACCACAACAGACCCAAGAAAAUACACUUGCACCAACUUCCAUAGCAUCUGAAGCAGUGUGUAAUGUUGUGGUCGAAUCUGCAGCGAAACCUAGACCUGAAACCAUUCCCAAAGCCUUGGCUCCAUCCACAACUGGCCCAGAAAAAACUGGAGAAACUCCCACGAACGAGCUUCAUCCCAGACCCGCUGAACCUGCAGCAGCUGUUAGCUUGGAUUUCUCCGCUCAUGUAGAUGAACCUAUACCAGUGGUCUCACCCGAAGCUGCAGCUGAUGGUCCAACUGCAGAAGAUUCAAGAGCUGCUGCUGUCGCUGUUGCUGAUCAUCCUGCCGGCAGAGACGCUGGUUCAACCCUUCUCAUCCAGCAGACUCCAGAGGUGAUCAGAGUUCAGGCCAAAACGGACAAAAAGCCAGGUACCCCUCCGCCAGCGCCUGCCGCAGCCACACCGACUCCCACCCCACGCUCGCCCAGCCCGCCUCCAGCUCCGGUGAUAGUCACCCCUCCUCCUCCUGCCAUCAACAUUCCCAGGUUCUACUACCCCCGUGGGCUCCCUGCCCUGGGCUCAGCUGCCAACCACGACGCAUCCAUUAAUGCCAUCGAGGGAGCCUUUGCUGAGUUUGAGGAGGAGAAGGCUGACAUUUAUGAAAUGGGCAAGAUUGCGAAGGUAUGUGGGUGUCCCCUCUUCUGGAAGGCCCCCAUGUUCUACGGUGCUGGCGGUGAGAGGACGGGCUUUGUGUCUGUCCACUCAUUCGUUGCAACAUGGAGGAAGUUGUUGCACAGUUGCCACGAUGAUGCAUCAAGGUUUAUUUACUUGUUGGCUAAACCUGGCUGUAACUAUCUGGAGCAAGAGGACUUUAUUCCUCUCCUGCAGGACAUGGUGGACACACAUCCUGGACUCACCUUUCUAAAGGAUGCACCUGAAUUUCAUUCACGCUACAUAACUACGGUGAUCCAGCGGAUAUUCUACGUGGUGAAUCGUUCGUGGACGGGCCGCAUCACCAUGAUGGAGCUGCGCAGGAGCAACUUCCUACAAACUCUGGCACUGCUGGAGGAAGAGGAUGACAUCAACCAGAUCACUGACUACUUCUCCUACGAACACUUCUACGUCAUCUACUGCAAGUUUUGGGAGCUGGACACUGACCACGACUUGUACAUCGACCCCAAAGACCUGGGGAGAUACAAUGACCAUGCAUCCUCUAACAGAAUCAUCGAGAGACUGUUUUCAGGAGCUGUGACUCGGGGCAACGCCGUGCAGAGAGAAGGCAGGAUGAGCUACGCCGAGUUCGUCUGGUUCCUCAUAUCUGAGGAAGACAAGAAAAAUCCAACGAGCAUAGAGUACUGGUUCCGCUGCAUGGAUACCGAUGGCGACGGUGUGCUGUCCAUGUUUGAAUUGGAAUAUUUCUAUGAGGAACAAUGUGAGAGGAUGGAAAGGAUGGGCAUCGAACCUCUGCCCUUCCAGGAUUUGCUGUGCCAGAUGCUGGACCUGGUCAAACCUGAUAAUACAGGUAAGAUAACGCUGGGCGAUCUGAAGCGCUGCCGGAUGGCUCACAUAUUCUUCGACACCUUUUUCAACCUGGAGAAGUACCUGGACCACGAACAGAGAGAUCCAUUUGCUGUGCAAAAGGACGUUGAUAGUGAGGGUCCAGAGCCUUCGGACUGGGAUAAAUACGCCUCCGAGGAGUAUGAAAUACUGGUGGCGGAAGAGACUGCAAACGAACAGCUUCAUGAAGGGUCAUUUGAUGACGACUACGACUCCGAAGACUUGCAUGUCCCUGGAGAGAUUGGGAAUAAAAUGGAAAAACUGGUCAUAUCGGACCUGUCGGCAUAAAAACUCGGUUCCUGGAACUGCUGGGCUGCUCUUUCUGGGAACCAAGGGAAAGAGGGCUCUGUGGGAUACGUGUAUCCAAAAACACAUGGACAACUAAGAGUCUGGACUCCCCUCAGAAUGGAGAUUUUGAGUGUGUGUGUGUGUGUGUGCGUGUGUGUGUGUGUGUGGCCAUAAACCAGUCUUGUCGUGCAUGUGGUGCAUUAAUGCAUCUGUUACUGCCUCUAGCUCUUUGAUCCACCUGAGAGAACAAAGCCAGCGAAAGGGGAAGAAGCGUUAUAUAAGCUCUUAACGGACAAAAAAAACUACUUAAUUGUAAAAUAAUACGUCAUUGUGAAUCCUCUACUGACAAUCAUGCAAGUAGACAAUCUUUUUUUUUUUUUCUUUUCUAAUCUUUAUAAAAUGUUGCUUUGCCAAAGGUAGACUGUCGGUCACAAAGAGAUAGUCGCUGUGGGACAACAGGGAGCUAUAAAGAGAUAUUAAAGCUCAUCAGUCAGCUGCUCGGAUGUAUGACAUGCACACAGACGCUGCCCUCAGAAACAUGCCGUCUGUGCAGCUUGUCACCGUUUCUUGUAAAGGAAGUCGUUAACACUCGAAUCCCCUCUGGGAGAGGUCAUGCGACAGUGGUUGGUUGCAUCAGCAUCUCCUCUCUGUGGACAGUAUGUGCUACUGCAUGCCAUCAGCGGCGCUGCAUGGUGCAGAGGGGCUGGCUAACGUUUCCCCGUGGCAGAUUGCUUCCCUGAACAGCCUCAGCUGCUCCGGCCGCUCUAUUAUUAGCGCUCGCCCGUCUGGAGUCGUGGAGUGUAAAUGUUCAAGACCUGCAUUUCAGUGUUUUUCAAUCAGAUUACUGCCAGAAAAAUGCAUGCAUGCCGGUCACGUCAAACUCUCUGGUAGGGUUUUCCAAACAUUUCCACUCAUUGCAUCAUUUUCAAGCAAUAAUGCAGCCUCCCACUGUAUGGUUUUGCCCUAUAAUUUUUGUUAAACCUUUACCUUUUACGUGCCAAAUUUUAACAAAAGGAAGUGUAGAUUAGAAAAUAUCCAUCAGUGACCAUCAGAGGUAUACUACAAUGCACAAGUAACUCAGUAUUAUUUCUUAGUGUUAGAGAAAAAUGAGUGUUUAUUUACUGUAACGAUCCUGUUUCAUCCAGUUGGUUUCAGCAUUGUCUUUAUGUAGAUGAAGGUCCAUUAUUUCCUCAGAUUCUAAUUAAAUGUGUACAGUGCAUGGUCAUUAAUUUUAAUGUUAUUUAUAACAAAAAUGUAAGUUUUUUUUCUCCUGUUUGUGUGCCUACAAGUCAUGGUUUUGAUAUGAAACUUUCUGUUGCCCUUUAUCACAAUAACACACAAACAAAUCACCCAACCAAAGAUGUUAUAUAACCGAUCACCUGAAAUUGUGAAUAAAAAGAAAACACACACACGUAGUGGUCUCCAUCCAUCCAUCCAUCCAUCCAUCCAUUCAUCCAUCCAUCCAUCCAUCCAUCCAUCAUCCAUGCCUGAAUUGUGGAAGUCUGCUGAAGUCGUUCCCAGCUCCCUUCAGGUGAAAGGCAGCAGUAGAUCCUGGACAGGUCUGGCAUUAGUAUCCUGCUUGGUUUGUUUUUGCUUAUUAUAGGAGAGAUGUAUACGUUUCAUUUAGAUUUUAUCCCACAGCCUACAACAUUUGAAGUGAGAUGCUUGUGGCUCGAAUAAGAUUUAACAUUUUUCAAAGCUUUUCCACAAAACAAACUGUGAACAGUUUCCAAUGAAACUACUUUCUUUUGGUGUGAAAAAAAAACAAGUUCUUAAAUUUAUAUUUUUAUGUCAGCUUUGCAAAAAAUGUGUCACAUUGUUGAAACAUUAUUUUCCGAUCAAUGCAAAUUAAUUUCUGUUCAAGCUUUCUUCUGAAAUGCAGAUAAAACCUUUUAGGCAGAAUAGUAGAAUAAAGUAGAAUAAAAAUACAAAUUAUUGCAUGGCCAGAAACCCAUUUUUUUCUUAACAGGUUGAUUUCUUUAAUCCAUUCAGACCUAGCCUCAUAAAAAAAUAAGAUAAAGAAACCUGUUAAAAAUGUAGUCUGGUGAGCCAUAUUCAUGGCAUUUCUACUGGUACAGAACGUACCGAGCCAAUCACUACAGAUGGUGGUGGGUUUAAGUGAAUAUUCAUGCAGGAGCAUCCAAGAGCCAAUUUUGGCUCCAACCAAGAUGCCUGUAGAAUUGCUAAUAACUACUUGAAUCAAUACGUUUUUAUCCCUAAACAGACAACGGCCAUUCACCAGCGUUUUUAUUGCACUGGCCACCAUUUUGGAUAUCUUUCUUCUUACUGAUUGUCACUCUGCCUACAUCACAGGCUUUUUUUCUCGGAUUGGCUGUAUUCCUAGACAAUAGCAUCCAGAGCUACGGGUUAGCUACAGUCCCUGGAAAUCAAAGUUGAAUUCAAAGGAACUGAAGAAGAGGAGAAUUAGAAUGGCUAUUUUUUCGACCACUAGAGAAACUAGAAGCAUGAAAUUAAACUCGUUUGAGGGGUCAAAGCAUGUACUUAUAUCGUAAAUUACUGUUUACCCUCAUGUUUUUCAGUCCUUUAUACAUUCUUAUAAUAGUUUUUUUGUAGUUCGAAAAUGUCAAAGCAACAUAUUUAUGCCCCCCAAGGCUUGAGAGGUCUGAAUGGGUUAAACUUCAUUAUUUAUUGUGGCGCGCUGUAAUAGCCAGGAGCAUUUAUUAGAGUAGAAAUAACUGACAGAGGAGUGUGUUUUAGCAGUCUCUUUUUGAGUUUUGAGGUGUUUGUAUGUCAUUCCCACCCGGAUUGUGUUGUUGGAUUAGUGUGCUUAAUUCUCUAAUUAAGAGUGGAACAGGUCUCGUGGCCUCAGCUUAACUGGUGUAUACCUCCUUUCCUGUCUACUGUACACAGACACACACACACUUAGAUGUAGUUUAUACAAAAAGGCAGUUUGUGGUUGUGUUGAAGCUUCAAGCUGUAGUAUGUCCCCCUUGAGCUCCCGCUCUGCUUUAUAUCGAUUGUGAAUCUGUCUCACUGUGUUUUAAACUUAACAACUGUAACAACAAGCCAUUCUAGCUCUAAUAACCCUGAUUUUUUUUUUUUUUAACGUAGUGUCAUGGUUUGUAUUGCUGUGCCACUGUGUGGCUUUGGGAAGGGGGGUAAAUUAUGUUAGAUGUAUGUUUGUAUGUAACAUUUUCAGUGCGCAACCUAACAAUCGCAAAGUUGCUAUCUCAUGCUAUUGUUUCACUACUGUGGUCACACACACACACACACACACAUACACACAUACACACACACUUCUAGCGCACCUACAUACUCUAGAAGACAUUUUUACCCAAACAGUAUUUAGAAUGAACUGCUAAAGGUGAUGGGACUUCUCCAGCUGAAAACGUUUUAUCUCUAUGCAAAGUGUCCCGGGAUCACACAUGACGCAUCACACAAGGAGAGAAGCCAUGCAGGAAUUUAUCUUUGAGAUUAUGGAAAGAAAAGACUUUUAUUUUGAUGUACUUCCUCUUUUACAGAGUAAACAUGAGAAGGACGAGAUAUGAUGCUAAUUGUGCUGGUUGUUGUAUUAGCAUGGUUUUCUUUCUUUCUUGCUUUCUUUGUUUCUUAUGUCAUUUUUCCUAUUACCUGUUGCCUUCGUCUGAAGCUCAGAAUAAAGUUUAAAUAAACAUGUUUUAAAAAAUAUUAA